AUGGGUGGUAUAAACACAGCCAUCCUACUCCUGCUCCUGGCUCUUGUUCUGUUCCUGACGUGCAGCUCAAGCAGCAACAGCCAGCUUCCUCCCGGACCCAGACCCCUUCCCCUCCUGGGAAACUUGCUGCAGCUUUGCUCUCAAGAUAUGCUGACCUCCCUCGCCAAGCUGAGCAAGGAAUAUGGCUCUGUGUACACAGUGCACCUGGGACCCAGGCGGGUGGUGGUCCUCAGUGGGUACCAAGCUGUGAAGGAGGCCCUUGGGGACCAGCGGGAGGAAUUUAGUGGCUGCAGUGACUACCCUGGCUUUUUCAACUUUACUAAGGGCAACGGCAUUGCUUUCUCCAAUGGGGAACGAUGGAAGGUCCUGAGGAGCUUCUCUGUCCAGAUUCUAUGGAAUUUUGGAAUAGGGAAGAGGAGCUUCGAGGAGUGGAUCCUGGAGGAAGGGCGCUUUCUGCUGGCGGAGCUGCAGAAAAUUGAAGGCAAGCCCUUCGACCCCACGUUUGUGCUGAGCCGCUCGGCGUCCAACAUUAUCUGUUCCGUGCUCUUUGGCAGCCGCUUCAACUACGACGAUGAGCAUCCACAAACCAUUACCCACCUCAUCAAUGACAACUUCCAAAUCCUGAGCAGACCCUGGGGCGAGUUGUACAACCUCUUCCCGAACCUCCUGGACUGGGUGCCCGGGCCGCACCGACUCCUCUUCCAGAACUUUGGGUGCUUGAAAGACCUCAUUGCCCGCAGCGUCCGCGACCACCAGGCCUCCCUAGACCCCCGCUCUCCUCGGGACUUUAUCGAUUGCUUCCUCAUCAAGAUGGCACAGGAGGAGCAGGACCCGCUGAGCCACUUGCACAUGGAUACCCUGCUGAUGACCACACAUAACUUGCUCUUCCGCGGCACCGAGACCUUGGGCACCACGCUGCGCCACGCCUUCCUCGCGCUCAUGAAGUACACGAAAGUGCAAGCCCGCGUGCAAAAGGAGAUCGACAGCGUGGUGGGACGCACGCGGCUGCCGUCGGUGGAAGACCUCGCGGCCAUGCCAUAUACAGAUGCAGUGAUCCACGAGGUGCAGCGCUUCGCAGACGUCAUCCCCAUGACCUUGCCGCGCCGCGUCACUCGAGACACGGCCUUUCGCAGCUUUGUGCUGACCAAGGGCACGGAUAUCAUCACCCUCCUUAACACCGUCCACUAUGACACCAGCCAGUUCCUGGCACCCCAGGAGUUCGACCCAGAGCAUUUGGAUGCUAAUCAGUCCUUCAAGAAGAACCCAGGCGCCGACUGUGCCCGGGCGGCGGGCCAGUCGCUGGAGCGCAUGGAGCUCUUCCUCUACCUCACCGUCAUCCUGCAGAACUUCACGCUGCAGCCGCUGGGGGCGCCCGAGGACAUCGACCUGACCCCCGUCAGUUCAGGGCCGGGCAAUUUGCCGCGGCCUUUCCAGAUGUGCCUGCGCGUGCGCUGA